UCUGCUUGGGUCAGCUUUGGUCGCGCGGAAGGCGCGCUGCUCCACCGUUGCCAGGACGCCGCGUAAACACCGAGCAACCGCAGCCUGUUGCGCUCCUUGGCGCGGCUAGUUGCUGCCUUUGCGGCGGGAGGUGGUGGCCGCGGGAGCCCGAGAGGGGUUAUUUUUCGUCAGCUAAGAUGGCUUCCAAAAGGAGAAAUUUGAGCUGUAGUGAAAGACAUCAGAAAUUAGUAGAUGAAAACUACUGCAAAAAAUUGCAUGUCCAAGCGCUGAAAAACAUCAACAGUCAAAUUAGGAAUCAGAUAGUACAGAAUGAAAAUGACAACCGUGUUGAGCGCAAGCAGUUUCUCAGAUUAUUACAAAAUGAACAGUUUGAGUUGGAUAUGGAAGAAGCCAUUCAAAAGGCAGAAGAAAACAAGAGAUUGAAAGAACUCCAGCUUAAACAAGAAGAAAAAUUGGCUAUGGAAUUGGCAAAACUAAAACAUGAAAGUCUAAAGGAUGAAAAGAUGAGGCAACAAGUAAGAGAAAACAGCAUUGAGCUCAGAGAAUUGGAGAAGAAAUUAAAAGCAGCUUAUAUGAAUAAAGAAAGGGCAGCUCAGAUUGCUGAAAAGGAUGCCAUUAAAUAUGAACAAAUGAAACGUGAUGCCAAAAUAGCCAAAACCAUGAUGGAAGAACACGAGAGAAUAAUAAAGGAAGAGAAUGCUGCAGAAGACAAACGAACCAAAGUGAAAGCACAAUACUAUCUUGACUUAGAGAAACAACUUGAAGAACAAGAAAAAAAAAAGCAGGAAGCUUACGAGCAGUUGCUGAAAGAGAAACUCAUGAUUGAUGAAAUUGUUAGGAAGAUCUAUGAAGAAGAUCAAUUGGAAAAACAACAUAAGUUAGAAAAAACAAAAGCAUUGCGAAGGUAUAUAGAAGAGUUUCAGAAAGAGCAGGCUCUCUGGAGAAAAAAGAAACGUGAGGAGAUGGAAGAAGAAAACAGAAAAAUCAUAGAGUUUGCUAACAUGCAGCAGCAAAGAGAAGAAGAUCGGAUGGCAAAAGUUCAAGAAAAUGAGGAGAAAAGGCUACAGCGUCAGAAUGCGUUGACACAGAAAUUGGAAGAAAUGCUGCGGCAACGUGAGGAUCUGGAACAAGUGAGACAAGAAUUAUACCAGGAAGAACAAGCUGAAAUAUAUAAGAGGAAGCUAAAAGAAGAAGCAGAAGAGAAACUGAGAAAGCAAAAAGAGAUGAAGCAAGAUUUUGAAGAACAAAUAGCCUUGAAGGAAUUAGUGCUACAGGCUGCAAAAGAGGAAGAGGAGAACUUUAGAAAAACCAUGCUAGCUAAAUUUGCUGAGGAUGAUCGAAUAGAAUUAAUGAAUGCUCAGAAACAAAGAAUGAAGCAGCUGGAACACAGGAGGGCUGUGGAAAAACUUAUUGAAGAGCGUCGCAAACAAUUCCUUGCAGACAAACAACAUGAACUGGAAGAGUGGCAGUUGCAGCAAAGGCGGCAAGGAUUUAUUAAUGCAAUUAUUGAAGAAGAAAGACUGAAACUUCUCAAAGAGCAUGCUACAAACUUACUAGGCUAUCUCCCUAAAGGAGUAUUUAAAAAAGAGGAUGAUAUUGAUCUGCUUGGUGAAGAGUUUAGGAAAGCGUAUCAGCAAAGAAGUGAAAUUUGUGAAGAGAAAUGAUAUCAUCAAAAUUGGGUAAAUUUUGUAUGUUACCACUAGAUUAAAUUUUGUAUGUUACCACUAGAUGUCAGCAUAACUUUUGUUUUAUAGUUCAGUGGCAGUAGGUAUCCAUUGUCUAUUUGGAUUUUGUAAAUCAUCACUGAAUUUCAUAACUU